AUGUUUUCAUCAAGAGCAUGUUCCGCUCUUCAUACGCAUCAAAAAUUAUCUCCAUGUCGAUGGUCAACAUCCGGCCCGUCCUUGGUUGGUGAACGAGGUGACACAACAAUUGACGUAGUAGAGCGCAGUCCAUUUCAAGCAUAUACGUAUAAAAAAGCUCAUCCUAGACGACAUCUUGUUUGUGCAAUUUUUGCAACCUUACUAUUCUUCGUUACCGGUGUUGUUGCCGUUUUUUAUGCUGCUAAAUCUUUACAUUGUGAGCGUAAAGAAUAUUUUGAACAAGCAUUAAUAUAUUCACGGCGUUCAUUAUCUUGGUCUUUGGCAACGUAUGUGAUUGCACUAUUUAUUUAUUUGGCUCUUGGUCUUGUUAUUUUCAUUCGAAAUAUUGAUCCGCAUUAA